CCAUCGGAGACACGUGUAUGACUGGGAUUUCACAGACCUUAAUCAAUCUGAGAAACAGCAUAUUAUUGAUGAACUUCUCCUCAUGAUCAAAGUUGUCGGUAACAUAGGGACGCCUGUCCAGUACGUGUAUGACAGUAAGUAUACAGGAAUGGAGGGGGAGACUAAGGAUCGGAGACUGGUUCAGGCCUUGUUACAGUGCGCUUACAAUACAGGACUUCCCCACAAGGUUUCAAAGACAGCCAUAUUGGCACUUCACAACAUGACCUUCACCCCUGAGAUGAAAGAUACACUCGUUUCUAUUCUUAUUGAUGUGAAUCGACCUCCCUCAUUGCGCACCACAAUAUUUGCUCGGCUGGCGAUGCAGCCCAACCCCGACCUUGUCGCAGAAAUUCUCGAACUGAUUAACACAGAGAAAAUGGGUUAUAUGAAGAACUAUAUGAUAACUUAUGUCAAGAGCCUACUACAGAACGACCAACCAGACCUUCAAGGGUUACGCAGUAUAUGGAAAGAGUUGAUUGACGCAAGAAAAUUUCCUUAUGUAAGUCACGCGUUCGGGUGGACCAAAUAUGUCGAGAUGUCUCGUUACAUAAGGUUUCCCUUCAGGAUGGAAUAUUUCGGUUUUCAAAUAGAACUUGACACUGUUUACAACAUCGCCAGUCCUGUUGUCAAUGCAGUUGUUCUUCGAAUCAGUUACUUCAAAGGUCAGAAGUUUGAGCUCCUGGAGUUAGCUGCAGAUAUAGAUGAAUUCCAUGUCAUUGUGGAUGCUAUCAAGAUAUUUUCUUUACCAAGAAGUCAAGGAAACACGGAUUCAACACGGGACGGAACGGUGUUCGCUACCUUACAGAAGAACAUAGCUGCAGCUAUUUUAGGAUUGUUUGAUAAAAUGAAUCUUUCACAAACGAAAGUCCCCGACGGCUUAAUUCAUGUCAAGGUGCUAGGUAAAGAGUUAUUUUUCUUGGAAGUACGGGAUUUGUUGACGAUCAUAUCGCAAAGUCGUUCAAAGCAGUCCUUCCAAAACGUUGCUGUGGGAUAUAUACAUGAACUGUUGCAGCAGCUACCAAUGAAACGGGCCAGUUCUACAUCAAUGAUGGAUAUGGUGAAGAUACUACCCACAGUAGCUGGUUUUCCUAUGAACAUGAGUGUUUCCACAACAAUGAGUAUGGGACUGGAUUUCGAUGCCAGAUUGACUAUGCCAGAUAUUCUUAACUUGAACGCUGAUGUCCAGCUGGAUGCAUCCCUUAAAACACAUGCUUCUGUACAAUUGAAUGGAGAACUAACCACGAGGUUUGGUCAGCACAGUCUUUCUGGUGCAAGAGCCAGUUUUAGGGGACUAGUACAGAUGUCAGUAGCUCCGUCUUUACGCUUCAAUACUCGGCCUAAUCCUCCGAGGGAGUUGGAUAUCUCUAUAAGUCAAACCACCACUGACUCAAAUUACACUAUAGCAAGUCUGAGCGGCCAUUUGUACUUGGUGAACCAAUCCGGAGAGAUAGAGGUAGAGGCAGACCCUGAAUUCCAGACCACGGUACAGGACUGUGACAGAGGAAUACUGUCUACUCUCACGGGCAACCAAGUGUGCUUCACCAGUGUAUUUCCCAACACGACCUCAUCUACCAGACACGCUUACUUCCCCUUAUCAGGGCCGUCUAAUUUCAAACUGGAUACACGGAAAGUUGAAACAGAAACAAUCCGUAUGUCCGUUGUUCGCAGUAGGAAUAGAUCCGACCUCCACUUUUGGAUCAACGUGACAAGACAAGGACAAGAGAACACGGAAGGCCUGAUCCUACAUAUCCAUAGAAAAGAUCGUUUUCGCCUCAUGGAAGUGAUCAUGCCCGCAGCACAGAUACAUUUUUAUGCUAAAGAAGACUAUACCUGGUCCUAUGAAAGCCUAAACCCUACUAAUUAUUGGGUGUAUGACAUACAUCUCAAUAUAACCGGCAGAAGUUUCAUCAGAUUCUUAGUGAAGGAACAAUACCACAGCAACCUGACCAGGAACAGACUUUCCAUCAUCUCGUCACGUGAAAUCGUUGAUGUUACUCUGGCUAUUCCCGAGACUAGUCUGGCAGUCACAGUGAACAGCUUUAGGAACAGACCUAACGGACACUACAACACAGCAAUUAAUGUCACUUACCAUUGUACUAAAGCUCGUCCCCUGUUGUACCUCCUGCACUGGAACCCUACCCUAGCCGCACAGAAUGGAGAUGUGUCGGUAACUCAGGUAGUUAACGACGUCAUCGUUGGCUACACCGACGCUAACCUAUGGAGAGCCAAUGACUGUAUGCUGCUCAAACUGCCUGGUUUGAAAAUCUCUGUGGAUAAUAAGAUGGAAGUAAACUUGACACAUGCCAGCCAUCACGCUGUCAUUGUAUAUACAAUGAUUGAAUCCCAGGAGUACACAAUAAUUAUGGAUACCCAAGUGACCAACCGAACCAAUAUCACCGACAAUAACUACGCCUACUUUAUGCUGCUGUCACAUAAUGGAAUGCCCUACAACUUGUCUGUUCGAGGUCAUGUGAAAGGUCAAAACCUAUUGACAGAAAUCGAAAAGGUCUCAAAGACUGAACAGGCAACACCCACAGUCGAGGAAAAGGACAUGAUGGCUAUUGAAAGAAAUAUGACAGAAUCAAAUGUGGGAGGGGGCAUAGGUAACCGCGGGACGGAUCCCUGUAUGAAGAUACCCGAGAGGACAGUGUUGACUUUGACACUUGUCGGCGUACCCGUGUCCGAGGGGAUAGAGAUGAGGUUUGACAGUAACUACAGCAGACAAGUGUGUGGGGAGCAAGUACUAUACCGUACAACAGGUGUGUACGGUCGCCAGCUUAAGAACACACGUAUGAACUUCCACUACUGGGCGACACUAGAUAUGGCUGUUUCUAAGUCAAAUGAUACCUUGGAUCAGCAGGAGGCUGUGGUCAGGUCCAAAUCAUACAGAGGCAACUUCCGUUUCCGGUUCCAAUAUUUUAAUGCAGUUCACGUAGUUCUAGACUACAGCAGUCAAUUGGUCAACACUUCUUAUCUUCUGCACGUUUAUCAAAUUCCAAAAGAGGGAUAUUACCUUCUUAUCCACUGCAAGUUGCAGACGACAGAAUGGCCAGCGAUCAAUUUCAACGUCAGAAAUUUGUAUAGUUGGACUGAUCAUUUGAUUCAAGAAAGGGAAGUAACGUCCACUUGGCUUGAUGUCAACACAGAAGCUCACUAUUACAUACAGCUGUUUUCUAGCAAAUUGGAGAUAAAAUUUAACCACAUCAUUGACUCGCGGAUGCCAUGGUUACCAGGAAGAACAAACAUCACCGGUUACUAUGUGGAUUCAGAUGACGGUUUACCACGAUUGUUAGUGAGUCUUGAGAGGUCAGAAGGCACGAUCGCGUUAAAGGCUGAUCUGAUGAACACCACCCUCGGCAUUCUCAAUGUAACAUCCCAAAAGCUCGAUGAGGAAGCGAUGUCUUUAUUCACUUGGGAGAUGGCGCUGACAAGCUCGCUUGCGCUUACACACACCAUUAAUUGGAAUCCCGAUCUAGCCGAAAUUGUUACACUCGAUGCUGUUGGUCGGUUUAGACAAGUUCGAGUGGUACUGGUGGAGGUAGGAGAGGUUCUCCUGCUAAAUGCCAAAAAACCUGUAUUUUUGAUGGCAGUUCCCUAUGCGAACAUGACAGUAGGGGUGAUGAUAGAAACCUACUUAUAUCCGUACCUGCAAUUCCAUGUUCAGAACGGUGGACCUGGGUCCUUGUACGAGGGCAUCGACUUUCAAACCACUACAGACGAAACAGAAAAUAAUGGGACUGAUGAAUCGGGAGCAGUUCCAUCAUAUACAUCUAGUUAUGCUGAUUUAUACUUACGCAUGGUGUCAAGAAACGUUGGAAAAGUCCUGAUAUGGAUGGGUAGGGUCAAUGUCCGCCCGCCAUGGAUUGUAGAUCGUUUGAUAGACAACCUACUGCGUCCCUCAGUAGAGAAAUUAUUAGCUGAGUCUCGUAUCAUUUUCACGGCACCUCUCAUCAGAGUAACCUACUCUUUACCUGACAAUUUUAGAGCAACAUACAGCUCUCGUUACCUGGAAGGGGUGUAUAGACGCUUGACAAAAGGUCCAGGUAGAACCGACAAACGUCUCGAGGCAUUCGUCUUCAACGGCCAAUACCUAAAGACAUACUACGGUCGAACUUACUUCAUUCCUGAUGACCAAGCCGCUGACUGUAUCCACCUGUUGGCCGGAGACUACAGCCGUGAAACGUUCGCAUUGUUAUUAUCACGUCAGGGUAUCAGUGUGGUCACCAGCCAGAUGUCGGUCACGUUGGAAUUUGGUGGAAACGUCUUCCGUGACAACUGCCCACGCCCUUUGCGUUUGCCGUUAGGACGUGAAGGGAGUCGAAUCCAUGUGUUGAUGAAAGGUGACAAUACGGUUCUGACCACUUUAUACGGCGUUCGUGUCUCGUGCAAACACCAACAUGGCAUGUGCCGUAUCUCCUUGUCUGGAAAUCUAUUCGGUCACUCUUGGGGUCUUUUGGGCAGUAACGACGGAGAAUCAGGCUCGGACUUCCAGCUCCCCACUAAAUAUAUCACUCCAGUUACCAGUGAAUUCAUCCAGGGAUACGUUGUAGGAGGCCCACCUAAGUGUAUUUCCCUCGGUUCCGCCAACCAAACAGGGUUUGACGAAGAAUUACAUCCUCAUCACCAGGUCCUGAGCAACAUACAAGCACGAUGUAGUGAAGACAUGGCAAAUGAAUGCAACAGACAAUUUACACAUGCAAAAACUGUUUCUUCGUGUGGUUCAUAUGUAUCACCUCAACUGUUCUUGGAUAGCUGUUUGUCCGAAGCCAGAAGCUGCGGGCGGGUUGCAUAUGAUGCUUGCAAGCAUAUCCGUGCAUAUCAAUAUGCCUGCAGUUUGAAGUUCGUCUAUGACACACUUCACGUGAACUGUAGCCUCGAGUCUGCAUCCCGAAAAGGAGACGGUCGACGGCCUGUUGAUAUUGUGUUAGUCGUGGAUGAGAAUUUGGGAUCCUCGCGAACAGACAUAGAGGCCCAUGUGGAGACUCUACUACACAUUGUAAAAUAUAAUUUACGCAAUGUACAGCUUGGGAUCGUCGGGUAUGGAGGAAAUGUUCAAAUCUCUAAAACUCUAGGCCCGACAGCCUCCACAAGGUACAUGGUAACCUUGGAUACGUUGGAUGUUGGCACGGAUAACUCUCAAUGGAAAACAGCGUGGAAACGGCUUCCAAACGUAGAUACAAUGGACGGUGCAUUGGAUAUGGCGGCUAAUUACCCAUACCGUCUGAACACUCAGAGGGUUGUCAUAGUGAUGUCAAGGGAUGAGAAUCCAUAUGUAAGUGAUGACGUGAAAUCCACAUUUGAAAACCUUAAUAUAAUUGUGAAUUCCUUUGGGAGCUACGACUCUGUGGAUCCCUCUGACAAGUCAAUGGUAUAAACUGGGACAAUACUGUUAUAUACCGGGACUGGUUAUCGACGUACCGCACUCUUCCACUUCCUGAGGGGAACCUUGUGGAGCUUGUGGUCGCCACCAAGGGUGCGAUAUUCAAUGCUGAUCCGAUUCUUAAACGUCGCAAGAAGAGGUUGAGGUUUAUCGUCAAACACAUCAAGGAACAGAUCAAGCUGAAUAACAUCUGCUAAAUGUCGUCACAAAAUUUAAAUGUUAAAAUUGUUAUAUAUAACAUUGAUUCUUCUUAUCAAUAUCACAUCGGAAACAUCAAAUCUAGAUCGGUUUGAAAUAUAUUUAUAUGUUUCGUCGUAAAUAUUUUCUAUCCAUCUGUUGUACAAUAUUGAGUGUCUGGAUAAUCAUCGAAUAAAAUAGAGAAAGUGUUUAAAACCUUCAACAGUGUAGUUUAAACAUUAAUUAAGCUAUGUCGAACACUAACAUUCUGUUCUCCAAAGUAACACUUUUUCAUUUUUUUCUCCAGAUCUAAUUUCUUGGAGAUUUGGAGAUUAUUUCAGCAUUUGUUUUGGUUAGGAUGAAAUUAAUGAUUUUUUUCUUGCCAUUUGAAAUGCGAGAUAACAAUGCUCCUAAAACAUCCCAGCUAUCCAAUUUAGCUUUGUUGAUGAAAUUGAUCUAAUUAAGAUACAAAUCAUGUAAAAGUUUUACUCUAAAAAUAUCCCUAUUAUAUGACAUACGUAUUUAGCAUAUAAGCAGAAUAGAUAAUUUCUCGGAUAUGCUUCGCAACGUUGUUCUGUCUACAUAUAAAAAGCAUAAUUAACGUUUUCUUAAAAGGCACUGAAUGAAAUUGUGACAACAAAAAUGUGUUUCAGUUUCUGGAUCAUACAACUCGAAGAGGUACAUGCAGAUAAUGAUAUUACAGCAUAAUUAUUAAUUAGUUUAUUAAGAUGUAGUAACAGCAUUUUUCUUACCGUAAAUCCCAUCGUGGCAAGUACUUUUUACAUAUUUUUACCCACAUUUUUAGACGCUUUUAUCUUUAUUUUCUACUUACAUACUUCAUAUUUUUACUUACAUUUUUAGACGUUUUUUUUCUUUAUUUUCUUCUUAAUAUUUAAUAUUCUGAUAUAAGAUAUCGAUUGAUCGAGCAUGUCAGUAUAAGCUAUAAUACAGACACAUGUAGUUAAGUGUAUUGCAAAUUUAAUUAAACAUAGAAUUUUUGAUUACCGGUAUAUUAUCACUAGAUUUUUAUUGUACAUUUGAACGCUGAGUGAAAUAGGUAUAAUACUGAACUAAAACUAAAAUAAUAUUAUAUACAUGUUAACUAUUUUUUAUAUUUUUAUACUAUGUGCAAAUUUGUAAAAAUAUGUGAUGCGAUAAUAAAAUAUAUUACAUACUCUUUAAAUGGUUUUUGUUUUUUUCUCUCAAUUCUGACCAGCGCGAUAUAUAGCGGACUACCGUAUAUGGCUCAAUAUAUUCGCACGAUGUGUUAGCCCUUGUAUCAAACUAUGCUCUAUUCUGUAGUUUUACUUUGUUAACCAUGUUUUAGCGAAAUAGACGUAAAUUAAACUGUAGUGAAAAUUCCAUCGUUAAUUGAACGAGUUAAUCAUCGCACCAAACCUAUGUGAAACUACAGAAGUAAUAUAGUUGCUACAGAAGCGAUGCGUUUAUGAAACUAUGUAACCACUGAGUCAGUGCGUGAGUGCGUGUAUGUAUCUGUCCGUCCGUGAUAAGCUUGUGUACAAGAUAUCUCAUUAACCCCUUGACAUAUACCGUUCAUAUCCACACCAAAACACCACAGGAUCAAAUCUACAUUUCAUUAGAUUUUAAUGGUCGUCGGUCAUGCGUUCAUAACACUUUGCAAUAUAAUCGGUUUUGUAAUCUGAAAAUGAUGUAAAACGGAAAAUAACGAUAUGUGAAUGGGGUCAUACUUCUAACUCCAAAUUGGUAACUCUCAGGUAAAAUAUGAACAAAAUGCAAAUUUUAUG